AUGUCCGUCUCGCCAGAACCUGAAAACUGCGAGUUUUGCCGGUCUGUAGACUGGGAAGAGCUGGUCACUAAACCGUUCACCCCAAAGAAAGGGAACCGAAACAGAACAUAUCCUGCCUGCGGAGAGUAUAACCUCGGCACUAUACGGUCUAAUAGCAGUACCUGCGAACUGUGCCGACUCAUAGGGAAUGCCUCUCGUGCACUCAAGCCAUGGUGGCCCAUCGCCGAAUUCCUCAAGCAGCCCGAACAGAUCACGUGUGCCUUCUACAGCAACCGCAACAGGUUAGGUUCGGCGCUCCAGACCAGUGGGAUCUCCCAAGCGAACUUGAUAGUGGACCAGAUCGCGUCGGCCAAGAAGCCAGGCUACUCGUCUUCUGCUCUGGCCUUCCAGGAGCUUCUCGACUCCCUGCCUGGCCUCGGCAUAGCGUACCCCGGCUCGGACUCCAAGACCAACAACAGCUUGAACUGCCUCCUGGUGCUGGCGGGUAUAUCUCCGGUGGACUCGAACAGUCAGACUUUUGCUCAGCUGCAUCCUUGCUUGUACCCGGUACCGAGUGUUGACGAAUACGCCAAGGGGACGAACACCUUUACUCCCUUUCCAACAGGUCGUCUGAUCAAGGAAGAAGCCAACAUCCAGCUUCUCAAGAGGUGGUACGAAGGCUGUGUCGGCAGCCAUGGAGACACGUGCAGCCAGCCCUCCUGGGCCGCAGGUGGCAUGAGCUGGCCACGGAGCCUGCGCGUGAUCGACGUCAACCGGCGGUGCAUAGUCGACUGUCCCGAGGCAUGCGUCUUCUUCACCCUUAGCUAUGUCUGGGGCAACGAAGCCGACCCUUUCCGGGCGACGGAGGGAAACAUCGACGCUUUGAAAGUAGCUGGCGCGCUGGAAUCCCAGAUGCUGCCCAAGACGAUCGUUGACGCCAUCCAUCUGACCAGGGAAAUGGGUGUUUCCUACCUCUGGGUUGACCGGGUCUGCGUGCUCCAAGACUCGACCAUCGACAAGGCCGUACAGCUCCCGCAGAUGGACCUUGUCUACAGCUGCGCAGCCCUCACGCUCGUAGCCGCAAGCGGUACCGCCGUUGACGGCAUAGCAGGCAUCAACGGCACCCCGCGCACCAUCAACCAGCCCACAGCGCGCGCCAGCCCAAACCUAAGCCUCAUGAACGUCCUGAGACUCGACCAAGCAUACCAGGACUGCACAUGGCGGACGCGCGCCUGGACCUUCCAAGAAGGCCUCUGCUCGCGACGCGCGCUCGUCGUGACGGCGGACCAGGUGUACUGGUCGUGCGAGAGCGCCAAGUGCUGCGAGAGCAUCGCGUUCGAGGACUUCCCGACGGCCGUCCGGCCUGGCGACGUCGUGUCCUCGGUGCUGUCGGGCCAUGGCAUCUUCCAGGAGUUCGGGGGAGCGAAUUUCGAGUACUCGGGGCUUGAUGCUAUGAUUCGUUCGUAUGGCGCGCGCAAGCUGACGGUGCAGAGCGAUGCGCUGGAUGCGUUUAGUGGUGUUCUGAAUCGGGUUGCGAUGAAUUCGCGGGCUGACAACGGGGACGACAGAGCAUUUGCAGAACACGAGUUUCACUGGGGACACUGUCUGUCUGCUCGCUUCGAGGAGUCGCUCGCUUGGUGCAACAUCGAGUGGUACUACGACAAGGACAUGCAACACCACAAGAUGCCCGCUCGGAGGCUGGAGAAGCGGCUGGUUCGGUUCGCGGAUGGGAGAAGCUUGUACUCUGUUCCGUUCCCCAGUUGGUCCUGGCUGGGGUGGAAGAACACCCACGGGAUCACACGGGCAGCGCUGCCCCCAGGGAACGUUGAACCGGAGCUAAAUAUCAUGAAGCUCGAUAUGGAUGGUCGAGCAACGGCGCUGAAUCCUCAGAAACCAGUGAAUGUGGAGUACACGUGCAAGGUCGACAUGCGCGGUAUCGACGCUUCCACCUCGGCAGGCUGGAAGGGGGAUACGACAAUUGCCCCUGAGCUGCUGUACCGGGGUGGAGAAGAAGACUUCGUGGACUCGGGGCGUCUGCUCUUCUGGACCAGCCACGCAGUGCUCGACAUAGUCUCGGAGGGCAAACUCCACGAUGAGAAGGGAGUUGCUGUGGGUGAGCUCAGCCCCUUCUGGUCGAACCGGGCGGAUCAACCUAGGGGAAAGAUGUCUUUCAUCGUUGUAUCGCGCAACUAUAACCAUUGGCAUAGCGACAAGACCUGGGCGGAGAAGAAGUUGAAUGUACUAGCUGUUAGCUGGGAGAAGGGGAAACAUGUCGCCUCCCGCAUCUGCUCCGGCAACGUCGACGAAGAGGCUUGGGUCGGCGUCGCAGGGAGGGAGUGGAUUCUGGUUACUCUCACAUAA